GUUUACUUGAAAGUAUUCGAGUGUCCAAAGUAGUCAUCAGUUUUAGUCUCGUUACUUGAGUUUAUUAUACGUCUUAAAAAAACAGUUCACUUUCUGGGACGACAAUAAAGGGAGUACUUCUUAGGCAAUCAGAAGAUUAUUAUAAAACUCACAAGUGUACAAUAUUUUUCAGAUAAUCCACUCUCUGGGACGACAAUAAAAGGAGUACUUCUUAGGCAAUGGUUAUGGUGGUGGCAUUUCUUGCUGUAUCAAUAAUAACAUUUGAAUCAGCCAAUUCAGACCCCCAAACCAAUUUGCUAGACAAGGGUUGCAAUCAGUACACUCCAAAUAAUGUCACGGAAUUCUACAGCAAUCUUAAUGCCAGUUUUGCUGAUCUUAGAAACCAGAUAUCAAAAGAUAAUCAGCAUUUUGGCACAGCACAGAGAGUGUGGACUUCCGACACGGUUUACGCCAUGGUUCAAUGCAGGAAUUACCUUUCUACUGCUGAUUGUGUUUCUUGUUUCAAUUCUGCUGUUUCCCAGAUCCGGGAAUGCUAUCCUUUUGAAGGAGCUCAUGUUACAUAUGAUGGUUGCUUCCUCAGGAGGGAGGCUUCAUCAUUCUAUGACCAGACUGUACUUCUUCCAGGAAACAAUCAGGUUUGUGGCGCUCAAACAGCACCACAGCCAACUAGUUUUCAAACCCAGGCUGAAGCUUUGUUGCAGGAUCUCAAACUCGCGACGCCGCGAAUUAAGGGAUUCUUUGCUGCAUCAAAAAGGCAAUUGAGCAAUGGUGGUGGUGAUGCAGUUUACGUGGUGUCUCAAUGCACGGAAACAGUCCGGCCAAGCGAUUGUGAAAACUGCUUGAAGUUGGCAUAUGGUAAUUUACUUGGCUGUUUACCGAAAACAGACGGAAGAGCUUUUGAUGUAGGAUGUUUUAUGAGGUAUUCAACAACUGCUUUUUAUGCUGAUAAUCAGACAACCAACAUCAAUCCUUAUCUAGGAGCCGGAGGAGAAAGCUCAAACAAAAGGAAAAAAGCAAUUAUUCUUGGAGCACUUGUUGGCGUUGGCCUUCUGCUACUUAUACUUGCUUUAUUGUUAUGGUGUCAACUCUUCAGAAACCCGAAGAAAUUUGAGAAAAGUAAUAUCUUUGGCACAACAGAAAUACGGGGUCCUAUAACAUAUGAUUAUAAGGUUCUAAAAUACGCAACUAGAGAUUUCAAUGAAGAAAAUAAACUUGGCGAAGGCGGUUUUAGUGAGGUGUACAAGGCAACAAUGAGAAAUGGUAAGGUGGUUGCAGUCAAGAAGCUGAACAUAACUUCUGGAAGGGCAAAAGCAGAGUUUGAGAGUGAAGUCAGACUUAUUAGUAAUGUUCACCAUCGGAAUCUUGUGCGCCUACUAGGAUAUGCUAGCAAAGGAGCAGACCUGCUCCUUGUUUAUGAAUACAUGGCAAAGGGAAGCUUAGACAGAUUUUUAUAUGGAGAGAAAAGAGGACAUCUCGAUUGGAAGAAGCGGUUUAACAUCAUAAUUGGCAUAGCUAAGGGACUUGCGUAUUUACAUCAACAGUAUCAUGUUUGCAUCAUUCAUCGGGAUAUUAAGUCCAGUAAUAUCUUACUAGAUGAUGAUUUUCACCCGAAGAUUGCUGAUUUUGGAUUGGCAAAGCAUUUGCCUGGAGAUCGGAGUCAUUUAAGCACUGGAUUUGCUGGUACCUUGGGAUAUGUAGCACCAGAAUAUGCAGUUCAUGGACAUUUGUCUGAGAAAGUUGACACCUAUGGAUUUGGCAUUGUGAUCCUUGAAAUAAUCAGCAGCCGAAGAAGCAAUAACACGACAGUUGCACCUGUCAGCGAGUCACUUCUCGAGCAGGUAGCUAAAGUUCAACCGGAAUUCAUCAUGUUAUCUGUAGUUUAGCUUCUAUGGCAUUGCUCAUUUUCAUGGUGGUAACAGGCGUGGAAGCUGUAUGAGACCAAAUCGCACCUACAGUUGGUGGAUGAAUCUUUAGACCUUAAUGACUACAAUACUGCAGAAGUGAAAAAGGCCAUAGAAAUCGCUUUGAUCUGCACUCAAUCACAACCUUCUGAGAGGCCUUCCAUGUCCGAGGUAGUUAUCAUGCUUUCAGGUGAUCACUCAAUCGAAGAGUGUCGCCGCUCUAACAGUAACAUCAGCUCUGACACAAAAUUCUAAAAGGGGAGAGACACAUUGUCAUUAAAUUCAAUGAGCUUAAAUUUUCUCUGUAAUUUCAUGGACAUAGCACUUGUUUUUAGAUAAUACAAAUCCAAUAAUGACAACAAAAGUACCUACCUCUAUCAUUACCAACUCCUGAACUAAGGACAUUUGCAUCAAACUAGUUAGAGCUUCUAUGUAAUUACGUAAUUGGAAAAAUGGGUCUUUUCAUCCCAAAGUUUGGGUCAUACCAUCCAAAAUAUCCCAAGGUUUAAGAACAUGUCAUUUACAUCCCAAACUUUUUAAAAACAUGUUACAUUAGAUAUUCGUUAAAUUUUUAAGUCCAGUUAAUUAAUUAAUGGUGGUACUUUAUUCUGUUUCUCUUCCCCCAAUUCUUUAAUCAUUUAACACGUUCCACUAACUCUCACUUUAUAAGAAAAUAGCUAAACCUAAUUUGGUCUUCACAUCAUCAAUUCUUCCCUUGCUUAGAAAAAGAAAAAAAAAAAAUCGAAGAUUCACCUUCUAGAUUGAUAACAAUCAUGAGAGGUUUUGUGUGUGUCCUAAUUAGAAAGUAAGCCCUAUU